AUGAGGGCCAGCGCUUUCUCAGCAGUUGCUAUUGCUAACUUCGUGCAAUGGGCCAAGGCCGCGCAUCACGAAGUCACAGUUGGGAAGGACGGGGAGCUAAAGUUUGUCCCCGAGACGCUUCGUGCUCGCCAUGGCGACACCAUCACUUAUCAGUUCUUUGCUGCCAACCACUCCGUCACACAAUCGUCUUUUGACGCGCCAUGUCAACCAUUACAAGACGGCUUCUUCUCAGCAUUUACACCCUCAGAGUCCAAGACAGAAGCUUCCUCCACGACAUGGACCAUCACAGUAAACGACACAAAACCCAUCUGGGUCUACUGUGGACAAGGCAAGCACUGCCAAAAUGGCAUGGUCCACUCUGUCAACGCUCUAGAGUCUGGUAAUACCUUUCAGGCUUUCAAGGAAAAGGCCAAAAGCGCUUCAGACAGCACGUCACCAGCCGAUGGCCUUCCAGUGGGUGGUCUGCGAGUAACACAGGUCGAGGUUGGCGUGGACGACAAGUUCGUCUUCAAGCCCAACAACAUCAAAGAGCCCAUCGGCACACACAUACAGUUCAACUUCAACCCAAAGAACCACUCCGUCACGCAAUCGUCAUUUGAUAAGCCAUGCGAACAGCUAGAAAAUGGCUUCAGCAGCGGUCUCAUCCCCACGGUGAAUGCCCCCUCGGGCAUCUCCUUUGAUAUUGUUGUCAAUGACACCAAGCCAAUCUGGUUCUACUGCGCUCAAGGCCAGCACUGCAAGAACGGCAUGGUCGGCAGCAUCAACGCUCCAGAUGAAGGCAACACCCUUUCUGCCUUCACAGAGAAGGCCAGCAAGGCCGGUGCAGGCCAGCUCGUUCCACUAUCGCCCAUCGGCGGCGUCCUCAGCGCCAACGGCACCACCUUGCCCACACUCAACAACGCCGUCAUCGAUAUCGCGCCCCUGAGCCUUGAUCGCAUUGGGCAGAUUCCUAAACCAGGCAAGCACGAUCAGUACAUCAUUGGUGGUGCCGGUGGCAGUCCCGUGGCCAACUACAGCUGGCCCGACACCAUUUCGGCCCCAGCCGUCGAGCGCCUCCACCUACUACACUACCUAGACAACAUCCUGCUACGCGUCCUACUCCGCGGCCGCGACAACCUGCAAGAGGGCGGCAAGUGGGCGGGCGCAUACCCGCAAACCAUUGUCAACACGAUCGCCUCCAUGGCGGCGCAGACGUGGAUCCACCGGGCCACGGCAACCGACUCGCUUCAGCACUACAAGAAGGACUUGCUCGAGGGGGAGUGCGAGUACAAGACAGAUGAUGACGAUGACAAAGAGGGUGUCGACCAAUUCCUCGACACUGUCCUCACGCUGCUGGAUCUCGAAAUCGGGUUCCUCGCCGACUCGUCGAGCCGGCUCGCCCACUCGGACCCGUGGCUCGUGGGCUGUCUCACGUCGGCGCUGGGUGCCAAGUCGCGCAUGGCGGCCGUCGCGAACAUGAUGCAAGGCCGGGCGCCGGCCAUUGCGCCGAGAGAGGUCCCCGUUCCUGCGGGCCUCGUGUAUGCGUACGCCAAACACAAGUUCAUCAAGGAAUGUCCUGGAGAUGUCAUGAAGGGGUGGGAAGACGGCGCCGUGCGGCACGAGCUCAACAUCAAGGAAGCGAAGAGGGGCCCUGAUGGGAGGGUCAGCGAGGUCGAGGUACAUGUUGAUGACUGGCCGUACCAUGCGAAGCUGUGGCUUGCGUGGAUGGGCCCUUGGGGUAGCCUCGAGUUUACCAGGCUCGAGAAGGGGGUUGCUCGCGUUCCUGGGGGCUUCUGGGGGCAUGCUUGGGUUGCCGUGACAAGCAGUGCUGACCACAGCAUGGGCGAGCUAAUCGGGGCAACGGUUGCCGGUCCGCAGAUGGUCUGGAUCACACAAAGGUAA